GAUCACGGAAGUAUUCCUGACCUCCGCACGGAGGCGGGUUCGCCUUCGAGGAGUGCUUCCGGGUCAAGCCUCCGCUGGGGCGGAAGGAGCGGAGUCCGGUGAGGCUGGCCUCCACACUCCUCAUCCUCUGAAUAGUGAAAGCCUCGGAACACUCUUGGACCACUUUGGAAAACUCUUGUACCAGCAGCAAGUCAUCUGCUGCAAUCCUGUUGAGCAGAGCCACAUUUGAGGUUUCCAAGUGUAAAGAAGACUGUCUUUGCUUUUCCCAUGAAGCUGAAUCAUUGUCUGUCCAUCUUAGUGGUGGUCACUCUUGUGCCAGCUGCUCUGGUUUUGGAAGAUGUGGCCCCACUGGGAGCAAAUCAGAGUUCUUACAAUGUAUCAUUUCUCCCGAGCUUUGAACUCUCAGCAGGUUCCCAUUCUGGUGAUGAUGUCAUCAUAGCCAAAGAGGGAACAAAUGUUUCCCUGGAGUGUCUUCUCACAAUGGAUCAGUAUGGAGAUGUCCACUGGUACAACUCGAAAGGACGGCAGCUACAUGGCAGAGGUGGAAAAUGGUUGGUUUCCGAUAACUUCCUAAAUAUCACCAAUGUCGCCUUUGAUGACCGAGGGCUCUAUACGUGUAUCGUCACCUCUCCAACUCAUGCCUCCUACUCAGUCACCCUCCGUGUGAUCUUCACCUCUGGAGACAUGAGUGUCUACUAUAUGGUUGUGUGCCUGAUCGCCUUCACAAUCACACUCAUCCUGAAUGUCACUCGGCUAUGCCUGAUGAGCACCCAUCUCCGAAAGACUGAGAAGGCCAUCAAUGAGUUCUUUAGGACUGAGGGGGCUGAAAAGCUCCAGAAGGCCUUUGAGAUAGCAAAGCGCAUCCCCAUCAUCACCUCAGCCAAAACCCUGGAGCUUGCCAAGGUCACCCAGUUUAAGACCAUGGAGUUUGCCCGCUACAUUGAAGAACUAGCCAGAAGUGUCCCUCUCCCGCCCCUUAUUCUGAACUGCCGGGCCUUUGUUGAGGAAAUGUUUGAGGCUGUGCGAGUGGAUGACCCUGAUGACAUGGGAGAGAGAAUCAAGGAGAGACCUGCCUUGGAUGCUCAAGGUGGCAUCUAUGUGAUUAACCCAGAGCUGGGACGAAGUAACUCACCUGGUGGAGAUUCGGAUGACGGUUCUCUAAGUGAGCAAGGCCAGGAGAUAGCAGUGCAGGUGUCUGUCCACCUUCAGUCAGAGACCAAAAGUAUUGGGACAGACUCUCAAGACAGCAGUCACUUCAGCACCUGUGAUGACCCGGCACCUGCUGAGGGCAGCACUCACCCCAGAGAAUGAGCAUGUGACCACUGACAGCUUGCCCAGUGCUCAGGAAAAGAGCUUGCUAUGAGGACAUAGCAUUAUUACAAGAUGACCAGGGUCUUCCCCUUAACCUUAAGCACACCAGACCAUGAAUUGCCAAAGUCCUUGUGAAAAGACAUAUUUCUGAUAAAAGGUUGCUGAAGCGACAUGUGCUAAAAGUGAAAGGCUGGUAACACAGUGAGACUUCUUUUCUGGUCACAGUUUUUCUUUGGCUCACAUGUGACACAUUGAAGCCCGGGUUUCUCCAUGAGUGAAAUAAGGGAUUUGUUCUCAGUGAGUUGUGUCUGGCCCAACGCUUACCUGUAGCCCUUAAGCCAGCCUUUCACUAGACCUUUGGUUCCUCUUUUGGAACUUUGUUCUGCACUCUAGUUGUCUACACCAAUGCCACACACGGAGAUGCUCUGCCCUGGGGCGUGAGCAGUCACAUGUGCCGGGACAGAUCUUUUCAGUGAGGCACCGCUGUGUUCCACAGAUGCAGAGAGUAAGUUGCCAUUAAAAAACCAGUCUCACUGGGUGUGGUAGCACAGGCCUUUAAUCCUAGCACUCGGACGCAGAGACAAGCAGAUCCCUGAGUUCAAGGCCAAUCUGGUCUAUGGAGCAAGUUCCAGGACAGCAAGGACUACAUAGAGAAACCUUGUCUCAACCGAAGGAAAAAAGAGAAAAAAACACUCUCCACAAGAAAUGUAUCCUUCUUGGGAGUACAUUCUGUCUUUUUAGCUUACCAAGACCAUUGAGGCUGGCCUCGAUGUCCUCAAGGAAGAAUGUUUUCAGUGUUUUGUGAACAAGAGCAAUGUCAAGUCAUCUCUGGCAAAUCAUAAAUUUUGAUACUUUUUAAUAAUGUCUCAGGCUUCCUCUUCUUACAAGUACUGAAUUCCCAAGUGGGCUCUGUUUGGGUCCAGAACUGCAGAUCCACUUUCAAGCGAGCCCAGCAACACUCCUGCCAGCCCUCUGUGGUCCUCAAUGUGGUGCUAAAGGUGAUACACCUCUUCUUGUCUUGUCGAGACUCAUCAUUGCUGGUAUGUUUGUUCUUCAGAUACAUCCUUUUGAGUAAGGGCUGCAUUUGUAUCCUUUCUAGAAGCACUUAGCUGAAAUCAGAUGAGAUCAUCGUGUUCAGUGAGUUAUUAGAACAGAUAAUCCAGACCUGCCUGGCCAAGAUUGACAUGAUAGAUUAUAAAUAAUCUUCACAUCAUCUCACCUGCAGGAAGCGCUUAGAGAAUGUUAACAUCAUGGCUGUGGAGCUCAGUGCGAUGCUUCACUUCAUUUGGCUUCAAAUUGUGGAGGCAUUGCUUGAACUAGAAGGUCCUGAGGGAAAUGUGCAGAGGAGGUGUUCAUCAGAAUUUAAUUUGAAGUGUCAAACAAACAGGAUGACAGUAAAGUCAUAGUGUAACCAGUGAACUCAGUGCCUGCCUUUGUCCAGGCUUAUCAGAUAUGACGCCUCUGCUCUGGGCAGCAUGAACAAAUCCGUGUGCAGUUUUAUCAGGUGGCAUAUGGAUAAUAUGGUAAUACUGCCUUUUCUAUCUCUCAGGCUGUUUCCAUGGAAACCUCCAGAGCCAAACAAAAGCUAACAAUCAUUUAACCAAAAAGCUUGCCUUGGCUCAGAGAUGUGUGUUCCUUUAAGGAAAGCUGUUUUUGUACAUUUGGCUGUAGAACAAGGGCUUUUGAACAGAUCCUAAAUUAAGAACGUUUUCCCUUCUUACACUGUUCUCUGGAUGUAUUAAAAUUUUUAAGAAUCUCUUCUGUGGGGUCAGUCUCCUGAAUGUCCCUCAGAUCUGCAGACCCUCACCUGAUAAAGCAAGGUUGGGGUCACUUCUUAUAAUGAAGUCUGUUGCCUUAAAUACUGGUUUUACACCACAUGUUCCUAAAAGGGACAUUAAUGUCUUGAACUUUAAAGUAGACACACUUAAUGACAAGAGUUUUAGAAAAUGAUACUUUGCAAAAAUGGAAAAUACCAAAACAGUUGGGUAAGCUCACAUAAUUCAUACAGGCCACUCCACUGUAGCCUGGGCCCGUCACAGAAACAUAAAACAGGCAUUGGGUAUGGUGGAACACACCUGUAAUGCCAGCACCUGGGAGGCAGGGACAGGAGGACUGCAAGUUCUGAGCCAGCCUGGGCUAUCUAACAAGACCCCGUCUCCGUAAACUAACCACUGGGCAUGUAGUUGGGGGAACGGACUUGAUUCUCCCACCAGUGGUAUCCCACUUGGUGGCCAAAGAGUUCCAUCUCCACAGGGUAGGUGAGACUCAGGAGGAGCGGCGGACUUGCAAAGCUGGUUUUCAGAGUGAAGAGGACAGUUCUGUGUCUAAUCAAACCAAAUGGACUGAACAGGCGCGGCUGUUUGUAAGCCCGCUUCACCUCAGCUGUUGUUACCAGCUGGUGUCAUUGUCUUUCUGUCUGGCUGAAUUUUCUAGGUUAGUCUUUUGUUUUGUUAAUGCUUUUAAGCAGCAAAAUGUGUCUCAAAUAGGUCUGUCACCAUAUUGUGAAUUUUGGGUUGUCAUUUAAUGAACUUGAACAUCCUUACAGAACUAAAUAGCGGCUUUGUAAAAUAAAUCUACCCAACGUUGUGAUUUCA